AAACAGUGACGUCACGUCCUUCCCGUGGUGCUUCGCGAUACCAAAUUGAAUGCUCGGCAAAAGAAAACAUUUGUAUUUUGUAUGUUUUCUUUUUAAGCGUAAAAAGCAUAAAACGAGAUAAAUAUAUCAGAAUUGGUGCCUCCAAGAAAACGUAUUUAACAGCGCGUGAAGGGGAAGGGUUUUUCGGGGGAAGGCAUCAUGGAUCAGGACUAUGAGUGCAGAUUGCUCAGACAGAUCAAUAUCCAAAAUGAGAAUGCAAGCCCCAUAAAAGCUGUAGGAGCGGUGCGAUCUCUGACACCUACCAGCUCCCCACUGUCCUCCCCUAGCAAGCAUGGCGAUCGCUUCAUUCCCUCCCGGGCUGGAGCCAACUGGAGUGUCAACUUCCACCGCAUUAAUGAAAUAGAAAAAUCCCACAAUCAAAACAGGAAAACCAAAGAUGGCACCACCGACAGCAACAAAGCUGAUGGUCUGGCUUACUCAGCUCUGCUGAAGAACGAGCUGCUAGGAGCGGGCAUUGAGAAGGUCCAGGACCCCCAGUCAGAAGAUCGUCGUUUACAGCCAUCUACCCCUGCCAAGAGGAGCCUUUUUAGUUAUUCUGUGAGCACUAAGAGGGCUCUGCCAGAGGAGGAUGGAAACACAGUUUCUCCAUAUUCUCUGUCACCUGUCAGUAGCAACAGCCAGAAACUGUUACGGUCUCCUAGAAAACCUACACGCAAGAUUUCCAAAAUUCCUUUCAAAGUUCUGGAUGCUCCAGAACUUCAAGAUGACUUCUACCUCAACCUAGUGGACUGGUCCUCUCUGAAUGUGCUCAGUGUUGGACUGGGCACCUGUGUUUACCUGUGGAGUGCCUGUACCAGCCAGGUGACACGUCUUUGUGACCUUUCUGUAGAGGGAGACUCUGUGACCUCAGUGGGCUGGUCAGAGAGGGGUAACCUGGUAGCAGUAGGAACUCAUAAAGGCUAUGUGCAGAUCUGGGAUGCUGCAGCAGGGAAGAAGCUCUCUGUACUAGAAGGACACACGGCCAGAGUGGGUGCUUUGGCGUGGAAUGCGGACCAGCUGUCGUCUGGGAGCCGUGAUCGGGUGAUCCUGCAGCGGGACAUCAGAGCCCCACCUCUCCAGUCAGAGCGCCGUUCCAAGGACACCGACAGGAAGUCUGUGGGCUCAAGUGGAGCACAGACCACCAGCUGCUAGCCUCAGGUGGAAAUGAUAACAAGUUACUUGUGUGGAACCACUCGAGCGUCCUCCCAGUGCAGCAGUACACAGAGCACUUGGCGGCAGUGAAGGCCAAUCGCUGGUCUCCUCACCAGCACGGGCCGCUGGCGUCUGGA